AGAUCGCGGACGGAGCUGUCUACACAACACAAUGCAUACUAGGAAGAGCGUUUCCCUAUUGCUGCUACUCGUUGCGGUGGAGUCCUUCACAGCACUGCCUAUUUCUGACUCUGAAACUUCAACGGUGGAAGAGGAGGUCAGUUCAUCAGCUGACACUGUGGACAAAGCUACUGGAAAAGUUGGUGUCGAUAGUGAGGACGCAACACCAGUCCCAGCGACGUUGCCGGUGGAGGACAUUAGCAACCCAUCACCAACUGAAGGCAGCGACGAUUCUCCAGUAGCUGUGGACGACUCCACUGAAGACGGGUCAGCUGGGGCCAGUGUAGAUGCAGCUGCUACUGUCUUCAGUUCUGCAACAGUGGACGACAAGGGCACGACUGCGGAGACACCGGAAACAACCCAGCUCGACACUGCCUCAGAGGUGGUCGUCAUUGAAGUGGUGGAGGACAUUCUAGAGGAGGAAACCAAACCACCGUCUGACAUGGAGGGUGCUGAGACCAUGAUAUUCAGGCCCAUGUUUGCAUACUACCCAGGCGAGUUCCAAUAGCGGCCAUAAACAACACAUUACAUGCGAACAACCACGUCUGUCACAUGACAGCCUCUCUAAAUCCCACUGUGAGUUCGCUAUCUAUCUUCCA